AUUGCACAUGAAUCCGGUGUACAUAAAAUUAGUACCACUACAAUUAAAGAACCAAUCGAUAAAAUCCUUAAUUCACUUUCAAAGGAUACGAAUUUUACCAAUUUUCUUGAAAGGUCAUGCAAAGAAAAUCAUCUUAAAAUUGAGGAUGUUUGA